ACACUUUUUAAUCUCAUCUCCUUAUCUCUCUGCACAUAUCUCCCAUUAAAAACCCUAAUUCUAUAAAAAGCCAUUAUAUAUCUUCAGCUCCUUCCCAUCCCUCUGCCAUUCCGUCUUUCAGUAGAUUCAAUGGAUGUUGACAUGGUGAAAUCCUCAACAGAAGAUGAUCACAUGGAUGUGAUGACAAUGAUGAUGCAAAUGGAAGAAAAGCUUCCCGAUUUUUGUGAGCCUGCUUUCCAUACUUCUCCCACGUUAUUGCCACCUGAAACCCAUUUCUCCAAUGGGACUUCAAGCACCACCAUCCUUCCCACACUACCUGUUUACCCCAACCCCAAUGUUUCUUCCAUUAAUACGUUCAUGACCUUGCCUUUUGGCAAUGGCAGCAACCCAGUUCAAGAACCCAUUACUCCACCUCUUCAACCCCAUAAUAUAUGCAGUAGCAACAGCAAGUUCAAAUACCCAACUCCUUUCAACAAUGCAAAUCCAUACCCUUCUUCAGUAGAUAAGAAGAACUCUAUGGCAGCAAUGAGGGAGAUGAUAUUCCGUAUAGCAGCAAUGCAACCUAUCCAUAUAGACCCAGAAUCCAUCAAGCCUCCAAAAAGAAGAAACGUUAAGAUCUCAAAGGAUCCUCAGAGCGUGGCCGCCAGGCAUAGAAGAGAACGGAUAAGCGAGAGGAUAAGGAUUCUGCAGAGGCUUGUUCCAGGAGGCACCAAAAUGGAUACAGCUUCAAUGUUGGACGAGGCGAUUCAUUAUGUCAAAUUUUUGAAGAAACAAGUGCAGUCUUUGGAACAAGCUGCCGUUAACAGGCCGAUGGGAGUUGGGAUUCCAAGUGCAACAAUGGCUAACAUGGGCUACUCUAAUUCCCUGGUUAAAGCUUGCCAGCCAUCUCAUCACCAUCAUCAAGCUGUGGGCAAUAUGCAGAUGCUUAGAUAAAAGAUAGAGUUUAGAGUUUUAUUGGUUCCUGUAAUGGGUAGCCAUGAUUAUGUCUUUGGUUUACUUGUACAGUGUGAAAUUUACUUGUUACUAUUAAUGCCACAGAGAAUUUCAACUUA